UCGCGCUACGUCGGUAAUCCGUAUAAAGCUCCCUUUAUUCUCGAUCGUCACUUCCUUACCUUCCCACCAUGCGCUACUCCUUCCUCGCCCCUGCGCUGGCACUUGCCUUUGUCUCGUCCGUCUUUGCUGACGCCGACGCCCCCCCUUCCGACGUUCUCAGCCUUACUGCUGCUGACUUUGACGAUAUUGUCAACCCAGAACCUCUCAUUCUCGUAGAGUUUUUUGCUCCAUGGUGUGGCCAUUGCAAAGCUCUGGCUCCCCAUUACGAAGAGGCUGCCACUGAGCUCAAAGCCAAAAACAUCAAGCUCGCCAAGGUCGACUGUGUGGACCAGGCUGAUCUGUGUCAAGCGAACGGUAUUGGUGGCUACCCCACACUGCGAGUAUACAAAAACGGUGAAUAUGCCGAUUACAACGGCCCUCGCAAGGCUGACGGCAUCGUCGCCUACAUGGUCAAACAAUCCCUUCCUGCCGUCUCCACCGUCACCGCCGAAAACCACGUCGAAUUCCAAUCUGCUGACAAAGUUGUCGCCAUCGCCUAUGUCUCAGACCCGUCAGACCCUCUGGCUACCGAGUUUGCCAAGACUGCUGAUGCCCACCGUGAUGACUACCUCUUUGGCCAAUCUUCUGACCCUCAAGUCCUCGCUUCCCUCGGCAUCUCUACUCCUGCACUCAUCGUCUACCGAUCCUUCGAUGCUCCCAGUGUCGAAUAUCCUUACCCAAUCGCCUCCGCCACACCCAAAGACAUUGCGGAAUGGCUCGCAGAACUCGCCAUCCCCAUCAUGGAUGAAGUCAACGGUGACAACUAUGCCGUCUACGCUCAGAGCCAAAAACCCCUUGCAUACCUCUUCCUUGACCCCUCCGACGAAGGAAAGGACGCCAAACUUGCAGAAAUCAAACCAGUCGCCGAGAAAUUCAAGUCUAAGGUCAACUUUGUUUGGAUUGACGCCGUCAAGUUUGGUGACCACGGCAAGGCUCUUAACCUCCAAGAAGCCAAGUGGCCUAGCUUUGUUGUGCAGAACCUGGAGAAGCAGCUCAAGUACCCGUACGACCAGAGUAAGGAGGUUACUGCCGCUGGUGUCGAAGAAUGGGUCCAGCAGUACCUUGAGGACAAACUCACUCCGGAACUCAAGAGCCAGCCUAUUCCCGAGUCUCAGGACGAGAGUGUCUUUACUCUCGUAGGAAAGCAGUUUGACGAAGUCGUGUUUGAUGACAGCAAGGAUGUCUUCGUUGAAUUCUACGCAACAUGGUGUGGACACUGUAAGCGCCUCAAGCCCACUUGGGACAACCUCGGUGACCACUUUGCCGCUCAAAAGGACAAGAUCCUGAUCGCUAAAAUGGAAGCGACUGAGAACGAUCUCCCUCCUUCGGUUCCCUUCCGCGUUCAAGGUUUCCCAACCCUCAAAUUCAAGCCUGCAGGUGGUCGCGAGUGGCUCGACUACGAAGGUGACCGAGGCUUCGACAGCCUAGUCGCCUACGUAACUGAGCAUGCCAACAACGACUUGACCAAGGUUGUCGUUCCUGAGGAAGAGCCUGCUCAAGUGCCUCUUGGAGGUGCUUCUGAAAAUACGUCAACGACGGUAUCGGAGCAUGACGAGCUGUAAAUGUAAUGUAUCUUAUAAAAUACCCUGCACGCAAAUUAAUUGCAUUCACGCUCAUCCAUACAUAACUACAA